AUGCUCAAAUACCUCAUGUCAAAAUGUGGUGACUGGCAGGCCUGCGAGUCGACUAAGCAGAUGGGUGAUUUCUACAAGAAAAUCGCCAAGUACCUGCUGGCAAAGCACGGGUGGGAUUUCACGCUUCCGAACGACCAGGCGCCCACAGCUGACACUGACAUUACCCUCAACGAUCCGUCUCCUGAAGAGGUCGAGGCUACAUUUGACUUCGAUGGGCUCGACGAUGCUGAGGCUGCGCAUCGUCGUGCGAUCUUCCAGAACCUGCGCUCGGCCAUGGGCAAUUGGUACCGCCACCACUGCAAGAAGAUCAUCGUGGAGUCGAAUGACACGGAUCAUGUCACCGCCCAGGUCCUCCAUGCUUAUUCGCGUGAGUACUACAAGGCCGAGGUCGAGGACACCUUCAACCAGGAGCUCGUGCGGCUCACUUCAGAGGCCGUUGAAUCCGGCUGUACCCCACCUAGCGAUGUGAGGUUGCGCCAAACUGUCACGAAGCGAAUCUACGAGGCAAAGUCCCCGGAGUUCCAUGCCACGUUCGAGAAGAAGAUCGAGAACGAGUACAACCACGCUCUGGAAGAUUGGAAGCACGGCCGUGAGAAGCCGAAGACUGAUGGACCUGAGCUCACAAAGUACUAUCACACAUACAUAAUUCUUGCCUAUCUUUCUCUCAUCUAUUCUAAUGCCCGCAUUUCCAGCGAGCUUGCCAAUACCAUGUACUGGCUCAUGCCUCUCGCCGACUACCUCUCCAAUAAAUUUGGAAUGGCUGUCUUCAUCCUGCUUGUGGGUCCUAUCGCAGAGCUGGGUGGUGCUCUUGAGGUUUGGAGUGCUCACUCAGGCCAGACCCCUGGUCUUGUGACCAUGCAUUGGCCGGACUUCGAUCCGAUUGGCUAUGGCGAUGCAGAGGCAUCAAUGGUUCAAUUUGCAGAGCGUCUUUUUCCUCAGUCCGAAUGUGACAAGCGGGCCCAACCAAUGGUUGGCCCUGCUGUGGACACUGACGUCAAUAUGUCGGAUGACGGUUCAGCUCCUCAAGUUGAAGUGUCCGCCACUGCUAACACGGAGGCUGGUCCCUCUGGUCAUGCCUUGUCGUCUGCCCACGGUGGCUCGUCAUCUCCUGUAAGGAUGUCAUCUUUUGCAUCCGCGGUGAUCACUCCCUCAGGAGGAGUCAUUGCGACAUCUUCUGCAUUGGCAUCUGUCCUCAUCCCUUCUGCACAACCCACUUCAGUUGAAGUUAACUCUCUCUCCUCCGCCAAUGGUCUCUCCCCUCACAUGAUGUCCUCUUUGCCUACCUCACCACCUACCUCAUCUCUCCAGGAUGUGGUGCAGCCUUUUGUGGUGCCACCCAUUGUCGUCAAUGGAGUCGCAAUCCUAGCCUUGAACUUUGAUGUGUUGCCUGUGUUGGUCCCAAGCAUGACUAGCAACACGUCCCCAUCUUCUCCCGCCGCUCCUAUGGUUCCCAUGUCCUCAACCUCCCUCACUACCGGUGUUGUCAUUCCUGACCCGGCUGUUCCAGCUCCUGUCCCAGUCGCUCCUGUCUCAGCCUCAGUCAUUUCUGCCGACUCUGAUGGGGUCGUCCUUGUCCCUGCGUCGGUUGUCACUGCAUCCACACCUGCUGUGAAUGUUGCUGCAUUGUUCUCCACACCCAAAUCAUCUGAUACAGCUCCCACUUCACCCAGCAGUGCUACAGCUGCUAGCGGAGUCCCUGCUGCCCCCAAUCUCUCACGUUUCCUGCUGAAGGACAAGAAGAUAUAUCAGCAUCUCGUGCAGGAGCGUCUGUGGGGCAAUGUUUGGUCCCGGCUCCUUCUCGACUUCGUGCGUCUUGAGAGCCUGGUGCCUGGUGCCACCAAAAGACUGGAAGGCAACAAUAAGUCACGUCCGACUGCAGUGGCUGACUGGAUGAAGGUCGCAUGGCCCACAAGAGACAUGGGCAUUGGCGACUCGCACACUUUUGCGAUGAUGUGGUGGGCAUGGUGGAUGAGCCUCCAGCCAUCUGCUCGUCCUGUUGGCAAAGACGGCAGACCACAGCGAAACGAGUCGGUUACCAUCUGGGAUGACUUGUGCGUCAUGAGCCUGAAUGGCCAUCUUCUUGUCAUCCUUUGUUUUGCAUGGUGGGGUAGCGCGGUUGUUGGAGGGACUUUGCCAGAUAAAGAGAACGAUUGGCGUGCCGCUGUCGAGGAUGUGGCAUGGAGUCUGAGCAAGAUGUUGAACUCGGUUCGUGGGCCCGUCAGGCCCAUGUUGUCAUCAGCUGGUGAUGCCAGCGGCCAAGGGGCUGUAUCUCCCACCCGUUCAUUGCACGAGAAGUCUGGCCGCAAAGAUGUGGCAGUCUUAUCGAAAAGCUGUUCGCACACAUUGCUGGAGUAG